AUGCAUUUCUUCUUAAUUCAAACUAUUUUCUCAAUUUUCGGAGUUGUUUUAAAUGUUAUUCUGAUAUUUAUGGUGUUUUUCAAGUUGUCUAGCAACAGUGCAUGUUGUUCUGCGGUUAUUAUUGUAAAAGCCGUUGUGGAUAUUUUGAUAGCAGCAGUUGCUGGACUUCUUUUGGAAAGAAUCCUAAGCACCGGCGACUCGGUUAUCAUCAUAUUCACAGGUCUGUGCUUUUCCCACUUCUCCUGCUUCACGGGGCAUAUUUUCCUUAACAGUUUCCACCAAUUCAAUUUAAUCUGGAUGGUUGCCUCUUAUCUUUUCCGACACUGCAUCCUAUAUCGAAAAAGUCCAACACCUAAAAUCGUUGGAUUUUCUGUAGUAACAAUUUCUCUUCCUCUACUUAUUCAUAACAUCAUCUGGAUCAAUUUGUUCACUGAGAAUACGAGUUUUACGGCGCCAAAGAUAUUUUCAAAGCCUGGCGAUCUAGUUUUAGCCGGAUGGGUUAUUCAAGUAUCCAGUGAAGUGGUGUUGGCAUCUUUGGGAGUUAGUGGACUGUUGGUUUUGGGGUUUUAUUUUGUGGUGAGAUCUAGUUUGAUGGGUUUUUUGAGAAGGAACUUGGCGAGAUUAUCCAAAAGGUCGUUUAUCUACAAUUCCAGACUUUUAAAGACCAUCCAUCUCCAAUCCCUUAUUCCAAUCUUUAUUUCUUCUGGAACUUUUAUAUUCUUCUCAAUGCAUUACUACAUCCUGGACCCAAUCCAAGUACAGUUUCUUCCAAUCCUCCUGUACACUAUAUCCACCGUAAUCUCUCCAAUCAGCUAUAUAUUAUUCCUGCCGCCAGAUGGCAAUUUAUGUUUCGGAGUUUCAAAAAACUUGAAAUCCAAAAUGAAUGCAAUUGAAAGUGUGACCCAAACAGUGACGAAUAAUGGUGUUCAUGAUGUUAGUGUUUUUUGA